CGCCACCCCUGACUCGCCACCACGCGGCGCCCCUCCCCCCCUACCACGGCCGUACCACCCUAGGGCCUAGGGUUUCUCCUCCAUCGAUUCCACAGUCGCAACCUCCUGUCCUCGAUCUGAGUCCUGAGACCAACGGAGCUCCUGCCUUAUCCAUCGCCAGCACGUCACGUUCAGGCGCCCUCUCCGCCUUCUUCAAUCGAGUGCGUUGUCCGGUGAUUUGAAAAGAUGCUGAAGAGAAAGCGAGAUAAUGAUUGCACAACAGGAAGUAGCAAAAGUAGCAUUCAAAAAGCUUGCACAACAGGAGGCACAAGGCACAUGGGGAAAUUUGGUGACCUGCAUGAUUCUUGUCAAGGUGUGUGGAAUGAGCUAAAUGAAGAAGUUAUCUCAAAGCUGUCUAAAGGUGUUGUCGCUGUUGCUUCUUUUAAGGGAAAUGUAAUGAUGCACGCAUGCUCAGGCAUAGUUAUACGAUCCGAACCACGCAUAACUACUUUAUUGACUUCUACAAGUUUGGUGAGAUCUUCUCCUGAUGAUAGCAAGAUUGAUACCGACUUAAAGAUUAGAGCGCGCACUUAUUCUUCUAUGUAUGUCAACGGCUGGUUGAAGCACUAUGAUUUGGAGCAUGAUAUUGCUAUUGUUGACAUCUCGACCCCCGGCAUUCCUAGUAAAGCGCGUCUCCGCCAUAAAGUUGAAUAUAAGUCAGGUGGCAAGGUAAUAGCUGUUGGACGUGUGUAUCACUCAAGAAAAUUGAUGGCCACAAGUGGGACAGUGAUAGAAAAAACUGAGUGCAAAGAGGCUAUGAUCGCCACCUGUAAAAUCAGUAAGGCUGAGAUUGGAGGGCCCCUUAUUGAUGUUGAUGGGAACUUUCUUGGCAUGAACAUCUGUAGUGCGAAUCUAACAUUCUUUGUUCCAAGAAAAACAAUAUUGCAGUGCUUGGGGCGUUUUGGAAUAUUUCGGAACGGGAAUAAACCAAAAGGUAGCGAAUUGGUGAGAAGCUCAAAUGAGAAGAUAAAUGAUUCUGCAACUUCUGACUUCUAUCCAAAAGGAUUUGUUCAGAAGGUACAAAAGGAUCUACUCUCAUGUGGUUAUCCCUUGCCAAAAGAAUUCACUGGAGGCAUGAAAUUGAUCAAUUCUUUUGAUACUAAAUUUCCCAGCUUGUAUGGUGCCCCUAGAGAUGUCCAAAAUGACCUCAUUGAAAAAGUUUCUUCAAGUUUGUCUCCCUGUGUUGUCUCACUUGCUUCAUUCAAUGGAGAAACAAGGUUAUUUGCAUGCACCGGCAUAGCUAUAGAAUGCAAUUUGUACACGAGUAUUCUGACAUCAGCAAGCUUGGUCAGAUCUUCUGAUGAUGAAAAUAAGAUUGAUUAUGAUUUGAGGAUUGAAGUGCACCUUCCAAACAAACAACGUGUCUUAGGAGAGCUGCAGCAUUCUAGUUUACAUUAUAAUAUUGCUGUAGUCAAGAUCCAGAACUCCCAUGAACUCCAGGCUGUGGAUCUUUAUCAUCAAGUGCGAUUUGAGCCUGGUUGUAACAUGGUGGCAAUAGGGCGUCUCUUCAAAAGUGGCAAAUUGAUGGCUACAUGUGGAAGAUUGACUGACGAACAGAGCAAGCUUGACUGCAAAGAGCUAUCGACCUCCACUUGUAAAAUCAGUAAGGUUGGGAUUGGAGGGCCCCUUGUUGAUCCUGAUGGGUACUUUGUUGGUAUGAACUUCUAUGAGGAUGAAGUAACUCCAUUCCUACCUAGGAAAAUAGUUCUUGAAUGCCUCAGCCGUUUUAAGACAGGGACCGGUGCUGCUGAAAAUAUCAAUAGUAGUCCAAACAGAUGGCCGGUGCCUAAACCAUAUUGGACUUAUCCAAUGGAUGAUCUGUGUGCCAGCAUGUUGCGUUUGGUAGCCUCACCAGAAUCGUAUAACUAUAACUUAUCUGGCUUUGAGGUCUAGAUGUGAUAAGUAUUAUGGCGUCCUUUUGAACCUUUUAAGCUUGUUUGCUACCAUUUGUAACUUAUGAGAGUUGUACUGUGUUAAUCAUGCUAAUUAUUGAACCAAUGAGCUGGUGUUAAAAAUUAAAACAUGUCAGUUGUGAAAAAUCAUAGUCAGUCACAAAAGGAGUAUCUGAGACGAAUUUUGCCUGAUAAGGCUAUCUGA